AUGAGUUCGAACGGAGGAAAACCAACCUCUGUAGCGUCCGCAAGUGCCGGCGGAAGAGAUGCGCUGCUGGGCGACAUUCGCAAGGGAUCUCGGCUGAAAAAAGCUGUCACUAACGAUAGAAGCGCACCUAAAGUCGGCGGGGGUGUUGUGGGUGAUUCGGCACCGCAUUCCACCGGUUUCAGCGCUCCCGGUGUUCCACACGCUCCACCGGUUCCAACGGGGCAUGCACCGCAAUUGGGCGAUAUCUUGGCGGGUGGGGUACCCAAACUGCGCAGUACUAGUGGUAACGUAAAUGCGGCACCUCCUGGCCCGCCACCGGCGGCUUCAAACGUGCCCAAAACUUCGUUUUCAACUGCUCCAGCGACUACAGCACCACCUAUACCGGGAUCAGCGCCGCCAAUUCCAGGCUCAGCGCCUCCCGCGCCGGUGGCUCCACAAGCUCCAUCUUUUAGACCACAGAUGCCAACGUCAAGGCCUACUAGAAGAAGUAUGCAUGCAUCAGCCCCCCCUCUACCUUCGAGUUCGGUACCCUCAGCACCUCCAAAUCUUCCGGCUUCACCCAAUGUGCCUUCCACAUACAUUCCUUCGGCACCACCUCCACCACCUCCCACUCUUCCAACUUCGGCGGCCCCUAGUGCACCAAAAACGUUUACUCCCUCGGCACCCCCGCCACCUAUUCCAACUGCAUUUAGCGCAGCAGCACCACCAGUGCCACCUGCUCAGUCAGCACCACCUAUGCCACCUGCUCAGUCAGCACCACCUAUGCCACCUGCUCAGUCAGCACCACCUAUGCCACCUGCUCAGUCAGCACCACCAGUGCCACCAGCUCCACCAGCACCAACAGCUCCCAAAAUUCCAGCGCCACCAGCGCCUCCGAUAAUUCCAAUGACGUCUGCACCUCCUGUGCCUCCGACUAUCCCGAUAAUAUCAGCACCUCCUGCACCCCCAGCCCCACCAGCCCCUCCGGUCAUGCAAAAGACGUCUGCACCACCAGCACCACCAGCACCACCAGCACCACCAGCACCACCAGCACCACCAGCGCCACCAGCACCUCCAGCACCUCCUGCUCCAUCAACAUCACAAACUACUAGGUCACCACCAGCUCCACCUUCUGCAUCUGCUUCCCAAGGUCUUCCUUUCCUGGCUGAAAUUCAAAAAAAGCGAGACGACCGUUUUGUUAUCGAUCAAGGCUCCAGCUAUACUACGAAGACUGAACAAGCACAGGGAUCUGAACCUAUAAAAGCUGAUGUGCCUAAGUCUCCGAAAACGGCGCCUUCAAGUACUGGUAUGUCUUUUCUGGACGAAAUGAACUCCAAACUUCAUCACAACGCUUCAGCCAGCAAACCACCAACGGUACCCGCAAUCAAUAGUGCUCCUGCAGUACCUGUUGCAAGCAUUCCAAGCGUGCCCAAGAUACCACAGCCUCAAAAUGCUGCACCUCCUUUACCACAGGUUUCGGCCCCUCCUCCACCACCAGCGCCAAUAUCCAUCCCAAAGCCUCCUUCUGCACCGCCCUUACCACAAGCGUCAGCACCUAAUAGCGCUCCAGCUCCAUCAGCUGCUCUUGGUGGGGGUUUACCGUUCCUUGCCGAGAUUGAACGCAAACGUGAUGACUCUCAUGUGGUGGAAGGUAAAGGAGGCUCGACUCAUGCUAGCGCAGGACGUUCGCCAUCAGGAGUUUCUUCUGCUCCAUCAUUACCUAGGUCUAAUGCAUCUGUGCCGCCUAGUGCUCCAGCACCACCGCAAAUCCCCAGUGCACCGGCACCACCUGCACCGCCUAGUGCUCCAGCGCCAUCGCACAUUCCAAGUACACCAGCGCCAGCAAGUGCGCCACCUCCACCAACAAUCAUACCGUCCUCGCCAUCAGUUCAUGUUACGGAAUCAGUUUCGAAACUUCCUCCCCCGCCCCCACCUUCUGGAAACUCAGCAAACAAUCUAAAGCACCGGUUGUUUUCAAAUGGUGAUACUAACGGUGCCAGUCAUGCUACCAAUCCACACACCAAUCAGCCAGAAAUUCAAACCGGGAAUUUCACCAUUAGUGGAAGUUCAACCACGACAGGUGUGAAACUCGACAAUACGAAGUUUGUUAUCGAUGACAGCCGGUUUAAAUGGGCCAAUAGUUCGCAACUCCCCAAACCCAGAGUUUUCUCAAAUAAGACGAAGCUGUACCCAAGUGGGAGAGGCAGUAGUGUUCCUUUGAAUUUGGCACUAUUUUCCUAG